GAAAAGCAGAGAGAUCUUUCUGGAUGUCCUGGGAGAGCAGCCCUUUGGGUGGAGGCUGGAGGCAGGGAGGAAUCGCCUCACCGUGCCGUGAGAAGGGCCCCCAAACUCAGGCGAGACAGAGGGAGGGUCAAGAACGCCGAGGCAAAUGUCACUUGUGCCUUGUUUUUUCCCUAAAGAAACUAAACAAAGCGGCUGCGUUCGGUGGCCCCUCAGGAAGGCCGGUCAUUUCCUGAGGAGAUAUCAGGCCAGCCCAGGCCCCAUUGUUCCCGGUUUCCAGCCAUGGCUGCCAUUACCUGACCAGCGCCACAGCCGGUCUCUCUGCAGGCGCCGGGAGAAGUGACCAGAGGGGUUUCUGCUUUUCACAGGGCGGGUUUCUCAACGGUGACUUGUGGGCAGUGCCUUCUGCUGAGCGAGUCAUGGCCCGAAGGCAGAACUAACUGUGUGUGCAGUCUUCACUCUCAGGAUGCAGCCGAGGUGGGCCCAAGGGGCCACGAUGUGGCUUGGAGUCCUGCUGACCCUUCUGCUCUGUUCAAGCCUUGAGGGUCAAGAAAACUCUUUCACAAUCAACAGUGUCGACAUGAAGAGCCUGCCGGACUGGACGGUGCAAAAUGGGAAGAACCUGACCCUGCAGUGCUUCGCGGAUGUCAGCACCACCUCUCACGUCAAGCCUCAGCACCAGAUGCUGUUCUAUAAGGAUGACGUGCUGUUUUACAACAUCUCCUCCAUGAAGAGCACAGAGAGUUAUUUUAUUCCUGAGGUCCGGAUCUAUGACUCAGGGACAUACAAAUGUACUGUGAUUGUGAACAACAAAGAGAAAACCACAUCAGAGUACCAGCUGUUGGUGGAAGGAGUGCCCAGUCCCAGGGUGACACUGGACAAGAAAGAGGCCAUCCAAGGCGGGGUCGUGAGAGUCAACUGUUCUGUCCCAGAGGAAAAGGCCCCAAUACACUUCACAAUUGAAAAACUUGAACUAAAUAAAAAAACGGCCAAGCAAAAAAGAGAGAAGACUUCUCGGGACCAGAAUUUUGUGAUGCUGGAAUUCACCAUUGAGGAACAGGACCACGUUUUAUCCUUCCGAUGUCAAGCUAGGAUCGUUUCUGGGAUCCAUGUGCAGACCUCAGAAUCUACCAAGAGUGAACUGGUCACCGUGACGGAAUCCUUCUCUACACCCAAGUUCCACAUCAGCCCCACCGGAAUGAUCAUGGAAGGAGCUCAGCUCCACAUUAAGUGCACCAUUCAAGUGACUCACCUGGCCCAGGAGUUUCCAGAAAUCAUAAUUCAGAAGGACAAGGCGAUUGUGGCCCACAGAAGACACGGCAACGAGGCUGUGUACUCAGUCAUGGCCAUGGUGGAGCACAAUGGCAACUACACGUGCAAAGUGGAGUCCAGCCGCAUAUCCAAGGUCAGCAGCAUCGUCGUCAACAUAACAGAACUAUUUUCCAAGCCCGAACUGGAACCUUCCUUCACACGUCUGGACCAAGGUGAAAGACUGAACCUGUCCUGCUCCAUCCCAGGAGCACCUCCAGCCAACUUCACCAUCCAGAAGGAAGAUACCAUUGUGUCACAGACUCAAGAUUUCACCAAGAUAGCCUCAAAGUGGGACAGUGGGACGUAUAUCUGCACUGCAGGUAUUGACAAAGUGGUCAAGAAAAGCAACACAGUCCAGAUAGUCGUAUGUGAAAUGCUCUCCCAGCCCAGGAUUUCUUAUGAUGCCCAGUUUGAGGUCAUAAAAGGACAGACCAUUGAAGUCAGUUGCCAAUCGAUCAGUGGAACUUCGCCUAUUUCUUAUCGCCUUUUAAAAACAAGUAAAGUUUUGGAGAGUAGUACCAAGAACUCAAGUGAUCCUGCGGUAUUCAAAGACAACCCCACUGAAGACGUCGAAUACCAGUGUGUUGCGGAUAAUUGCCAUUCCCACGCCGAAAUUUUAAGUGAGGUUCUGAGGGUGAAGGUGAUAGCCCCGGUGGAUGAGGUCCAGAUUUCUAUCCUGUCAAGUAAGGUGGUGGAGUCCGGAGAGGACAUUGUGCUGCAAUGCGCGGUGAAUGAAGGAUCUGGUCCCAUCACCUAUAAGUUUUACAGAGAAAAGGAGGGCAAACCCUUCUAUCAAAUGACCUCGAAUGCCACCCAGGCAUUUUGGACCAAGCCGAAGGCUAGCAAGGAACAGGAGGGAGAGUAUUACUGCAUAGCCUUCAACAGAGCCAACCACGCCUCCAGUGUCCCCAGAAGCAAAAUACUGACAGUCAGAGUCGUUCUUGCCCCAUGGAAGAAAGGACUUAUUGCAGUGGUUGUCAUCGGAGUGAUCAUUGCUCUCUUGAUCAUUGGGGCCAAAUGUUAUUUUCUGAGGAAAGCCAAGGCCAAGCAGAUGCCAGUGGAAAUGUCCAGGCCAGCAGUACCACUUCUGAACUCCAACAAUGAGAAAAUGUCAGAUCCCAGUAUGGAAGCUAACAGUCAUUAUGGUCACAAUGACGAUGUCGGAAACCAUGCAAUGAAACCAAUAAAUGAUAAUAAAGAGCCUCUGAACUCAGACGUGCAGUACACGGAAGUGCAAGUGUCCUCAGCCGAGUCUCACAAAGAUCUAGGAAAGAAGGACACAGAGACAGUGUACAGUGAAGUCCGGAAAGCUGUCCCUGAUGCCGUGGAAAGCAGAUACUCUAGAACGGAAGGCUCCCUUGAUGGAACUUAGACAGCGAGGCUAGAUGCACAUCCCUGGAAGGACAUCCAUGUUCCGAGAAGAACAGACGAUCCCUGUAUUUCAAGAGCUCUGUGCACUUAUUUAUGAACCUGCCCUGCUCCCACAGAACACAGCAAUUCCUCAGGCUAAGCUGCCGGUUCUUAAAUCCAUCCUGCUAAGUUAAUGUUGGGUAGAAAGAGAUACAGAGGGGCUGUUGAAUUUCCCACAUACCCUCCUUCCACCAAGUUGGAGCAUCCUUGGCAAUUGGAAGAGCAGAAGAGGAGAUCCAGGGCAAACAGGCCAUUGGGAUAUUCUGAAACUUGAAUAUUUUGUCUUGUGCAGAGAUAAAGACCUUUUCCAUACACCCUCAUACACAGAAACCAAUUUUCUUUUUUGUACUCAAUCACUUCUAGCACAUGGCCUGGUUAGAGGCUGUUUUUUUCUCUUUUCCUUUGGUCCUUCAAAGGCUUGUAGUUUUGGGUAGUCCUUGUUCUUUGGAAAUACACAGUGCUGACCAGACAGCCUCCCCCUGUCCCCUCUAUGACCUUGCCCUCCACAAAUGGGAAAACCAAACUACUUGGGAGCACUGCCUUUGAAAUACCAACCUGAAGACACGGUUUAUUCAGGCAACGCACAAAACAGAAAAUGAAGGUGGAACAAGCACAGAUGUUCUUAAACUGUUUUUUUCUACACUCUUUUUCUUUUCCUGUACCAUGCUGAAGGCUGAAAGACAGGAAGAUGGUGCCUACAGCAAAUAUUAUUCUUAAUUGAAAACUUGAAAUGUGUAUGUUUCUUACUAAUUUUUAAAAAUUUAUUCCUUGCCAGGGCAGGCAAGGUGGCUCACGCCUGUAAUCCCAGCACUUUAGGAGGCUGAGGCAGGCAGAUCACCUGAGGUCAGGAGUUUGAGACUAGCCUGAUGAAACCCUGUGUCUACUAAAAAUACAAAAAUUAGCCAGGUGUGGUGGCGCAUGCCUGUAGUAUCAGCUACUCAAGAGGCUGAGGUGGGAUAAUCGCUUGAACCCAGGAAAGGGAGGUUGUAGUGAGCGGAGAUCGUGCCACUGCACUCCAGCCUGAGUGACGGAGUGAGAAUCCAUCUCAAAAAAAAAAAAAAAAAUGGCUAAAGAAGUGUUCUUCUGAAGUCUUAAGACAUUCCUGACAGUGUCUUGAGUGGGUGGGAGAGAGGCUGCUGUCAUUGCGCUGUGGAAUUUCACAGGUGAAAACCACGCCUAACCAAAAUCACUUUUCCUGUUUGCCUCAGUGACACAGCUGCAGGGACCCUCGUGGAUGUUGUAUUAAAUAAAUUUGACCUUUACUCUUUGCA